GUUUUGAGCUUCCUCCUCCUUUACUUCACAACUCAGUUACUUUUAGAGAGCAACAAUGAUACAGUUGAAUAAUUGCCUCAUGCCUCAAGAUUAUGAAGCCAGCUAUGAAAAUGAAAUAAAAAAUAAAAAAUAUGGAGGACAACAAGAAGAUCCAAACCCUCCUGCCAGUCCAGGCAAUAAACACCGUUUGUUGAAGCUGCUGCUGCUGAUAUGUGCCAUGCUGGUGGCUGCCAUCAUCUUCCUGACAGUGUACCAUUUCUCUAAGCUUAAUGACAAGCAGAAAGACAUAGAAGAGAGAAAAAUUGCAUAUUACAACUUGACCAGCAACUACAGAACUCUGUUGAAGACUCAUGCCAUCCUACAAUCUCAAUACACAAAAAACUACAGUGCUGUGGUGGAAAGUCAUGCUGCCUUAGAGACUCAGUGUAUAAGAAACUACAGUGCUCUGCAGGAAAGGCGUGCUAACUUAGAGACUCAAUUCACAAGAAAUCAGAGUGCUCUAAUGAGAAGUCAUGCUACAUUACAAUCUCAGUGUGAAAUUCUAAAAAAGGACCAUGCUGAACUUCUGGCAUGGAACAGAAAAUUAAAGAAAUGCAAUAAUCCUGUUAUGAACAUGACUCAGGAAAAUGUUUCAUGUGCAGAAGGCUGGUUGCUUUUUGAUCUCAAGUGUUAUUUUUUCUCCACCGAUAAAAUGACCUGGCAGUUGAGCCAAGAACAGUGCAUGAGUAUGGGAGGACACUUGGCGGUCAUAGAAAAUAUGGAGGAGGAGAAUUUUUUAGAAGAUAAAGCUAAUAUCCUGACAGGUGAACAAUAUGGUUAUUGGAUUGGCCUAACUGAUCUGGAGAAAGAAGGCCGGUUUGUCUGGGUGGACAGCAGACCUCUAGACCCAAAAUACAGGUUCUGGGACAUGACUGAGCCUAAUGGUGGCCAAGAAGAAAACUGUGUACAGAUGUGGUUAUUGUCUCAGUGGAAACGUUGGCAUGACUUCCCAUGUGAAACUACAGCAAAAAGGAUCUGUGAGGCAUUUGCAACUCUGCUUCCUAUUUAAACUGCUGUCAGAAGUGUCAGCCAUAUGACGGAGCUACUGUCUUCACACAUUAUGAGGAUUGCUUCAGCAGUAAAUCAUGCAGCUGUUAGCUUGUGCAGGGAGUAGAAGGUUAUCUCAUCUUGUCAUGUUCUGAGGAAGGCUUGAGCAAACAGCAAAUUCUGUGUAGUUUAUAAAAUGAAAAGCUGUCAUCUUUUUAAAAUAUUUGUGUUGCUGCCAUUUUGUGAACAGUAAUGGGAUAAGCAAUGUCCCCCCAUACUGGAUAAGCAGAAUACAAAAUGAGUGAAAUGAGAAACCUUUAUUUCCAUAUGAGGAAACAACUAUCGUAAUUUUUAUAUAAUCUUUUAAUGAUUGUAUAUCAGUCCAAACGUAUUACAUGCCAUAGUGAAAUCCUUUCAGAAUUUAGGAAAACUAACAUUUUAUAGAUCUGUGCUUUUCUUAUAUUUAUUUGACUAACAAAUGCCACAGCAUUUACCACCUAAUGCAUUUCUGUGCAUAAAUAUCCAGGUGAUUAGAAAGUUUUCCAGAAUUUGAGAAUUAAAUUUAUUUUCAUAUUUUACUUGCAUGGUAAAGCUAUG